AUGGACGGCAGCGGCACCCAAACGGACCCGCGCGUCAUCGACGCCCAGCUCGACUUCCGCACCUUCAUCGACCUCCUGCGCGACGACGGCGACCUCGUCGACAUUGAGCGCGAGGUCGACCCACACCUCGAGCUCGGCGCCAUCGUCCGCAGGGUGAGCGAAACAAACAAUAAGGCACCUCUGUUCCAUAACCUCAAGGGCACGACCAAGGACGGCCUCUGGCGCGCCUUUGGCAACGCUGCCAGCCUCAGCGGCCACGGCCCGGACAGGUUCGGCCGUGUGGCUCGCACCUUCGGCCUACCCAGAGAUGCAACCUGGAAACAGAUAUGCGCCCGCACCCAGCUCGCAAAGUCGGCCAGCCCACUGCCUCCCAACAUCCUCGAGACGGGGCCGUGCAAGGAGAACAAGAUCCUGGGCGCCGACAAUAUCGACCUGCACGCCCUGCCCGCACCCAAGCUGCACCACGAGGACGGCGGCAAGUACAUCCAGACUUAUGGCGUGCACAUGCUGCAGACCCCCGACAAGUCGUGGACCAACUGGUCCAUCUUCCGCGGCAUGAUCCACGACCGCAACCACAUCGUCGCCCAGGUCAACCCCCGCCAGCACAACUACGUCGUCAAGGAGAAGUGGCGCGCCCUCGGCGAGACGCAGGUGCCCUGGGUCCUCGCCUUUGGCAUCCCGCCCGCCGCCACCCUCGCCGCCGCCAUGCCCAUCCCCGAGGGCGUCUCCGAGGGCGAGUAUGUCGGUGCGCUCGCCGGCCGCCCGCUGGACGUGGUCAAGGCGGAGCUCAGCGACAUCCUCGUGCCGGCCAACAGCGAGAUCGUGUUUGAAGGGUACAUGUCGCUCGAGGACAGGGCCAUCGAGGGCCCCUUUGGGGACUAUCUGGGUUACAGCUUCGAGGACGACAAGCGCAUGCAGCCCCUGUUCCGCGUCGAGGCAAUCACCUACCGCAACAACCCGAUCUUCCCCGUCUCCGUGCCGGGCAGGAUCACCGACGAGUCGCACACCACGGCCGCCCUGGCCGCUGCCGAGAUCCUCACCUUCCUACAAGCCAGGGGCUACCCGAUUAAGGACGCCAACGCGCCUCUCGAGACCAUGGCGACCUGGUGCGCGCUGCAAGUCGACGGCCCGGGCCUGCGCGCCCGCGUGGCCACGCCCGCCGCGUUCUGCACCGAGCUGGGCGAGCUGCUGUACUCGCAAAAGUGCUCGAUGCUGGUGAACCGGUUUAUCCUGGUGGGCGAGGACGUCGACAUCUACGACUUCCAGGACCUCAUCUGGGCGUUUGUCACGCGGUGCCGGCCCGGCCGGGACGAGUAUUACUUUGACGACAAGCCCGCCCUGCCGUUGACGCCGUAUCAGUCGCACGGCGGCGGGGACCCGACCAAGGGUGGCAAGACGCUGUCGGACUGUUUGUUUCAUAUGGAGUACGAGGGCGGGCCGAAUUUCUUAAAGACAGACUUUGAGACGAGCUACCCGGCCGAGGUGAAGCAGAAGGUUCUAGAUACAUGGACGGCCAUGGGGUUUGACUAG